AUGCUGUCUCUGAACAUACUGGAGGCGCUUUGCGCUGCAUUUGCCUUGGGCAUUCCUCACGCGGCAGCACAAACUUCUACAGACCCCUGCGCUGCGGUAGCAACCGCACAAGCCAAAGCCUUUAAUACCAACAUACCCAAAGACGGAGAUCUUGUCCUCUCGGCUCUGUUCGAUGCCGAUACAGCAUACAAGUGCGCUCUCUCGGUGCCGUUCAACAAGGACCAUGCCCUCCAAAUGCUCGACCUUGCGUUGCAAUACGCCGGUUUCCAGACCACCCUCGCCUACCUGAAGAAUCCACCCCAGUCGUACCUACAGGCUCCCGUUGACGUUAUGGGCCGAUUCAAUCAGAUUCGGCAGAAGAUUAACGGGAAUAAUUACCCGAAUCUGUACGCUUUCGAUUUGGACAUGCUUGCCAUCGUGCGUGACACUCACGAGGGCCACUUCUCGCUCCCUACCGGCGUUCUGAACCUGUUCAAGUGGUCGCUCCCCGACACGCUUGUGUCAUUCUCCAAGGACGGCAAGGAAAUUCCACAGGUCUAUUCUGCGCAAGACGUAUUUAGGAAUGUAUCUGAUCCAUCGCCGGUGGUGCAGCUCGGAGGACAAUCUGUCUUCGAGUAUUUAAGAAGCUAUGCCUCCAACACAAGCGAUUUGGGCCUGGUUGAGCCACAUGCCGAGUGGAAUGUCAUUAUGCAAAAUUCGGCAUAUUCAUUUGGCGCGUCGGGUUCAGAUGAUUUUCAGUCUUAUUAUCCCGGUUACUUCGAGAGCACCCCUGUUUACAACGGCCCCUCAAUCACAGGUUCGUUUGCGAACGGCACUCGUUUCGAGUGGAAGUACCAGGCAGGCUCCAACCAGCUCCUGGGACAAGGCAACCUGACGAGUGGGCAGGACAUAUACGACAAUUAUGUCAUGAACCCCGAUUUCGGCUCAAACAGAAAGCGAGCUACAGGGCCCUUUGACCCCCGCAAGCUUCCAGGUAGUCCAGUUAUUAAAAGAGAUACUUCGGCAGUCAGUGCAACGGCGGUGCCUCUUCCAAACUAUCCCAAAAACCCGAUUGUUAUACAGGCCAACUUUUCUUCUGGCGGCAUAGUGUCCGGUUAUAUUCUCGAAUCUGACUCCAUCGGCGUCCUUAGUAUACCCAGCUUUUCUGCUCAGGAUGGAAAGGCAGACCCUCUCAGCUUCCACGAUGCCGUCGCUGGCUUUAUCAGCCAAGCCUCAUCCAAGGGGAUGAAGAAGGUUGUGAUCGACCUUUCUGGGAAUGGCGGCGGCAACGUGAAUCUCGGUUACGAUACUUUCAAGCAGUUCUUCCCAUCCGGCCUGCCCGGUUCCGCUGUCCGAGCCCGCGUCACUCCUCAGGUGAACACUUAUGGAUCUAUCGUGACGGGAAUCGCCAGAGACAACGGCACAUUCUUUGAUAGCGAUGUCAAAGCGAGCUUUGCUGCCGUAACCCUGGGCGCUGGUCAGGUCAACGCCGACUAUACUCUAAACCAAAACCGAUCAGCCUGGAAGUCGUGGGGAUCCUUCUGUACUCCUCAGGCCAUCCACGGAGACAACUUCACCAAAUUGGCGACUUACAACUUGACAGACCCCCGUACGACCGCUGAUCUCGGAUUUCAAAUGGCCAACACCAACAUCUCACAAGGAUCUCCGGCCGCGCCCUGGGCGGCGAAUGAUAUCAUUAUACUCUUGGAUGGGUACUGCGCAAGCACAUGCAACAUAUUUGUGGAUCUCAUGAAGAACGAUGCCGGAGUGAAAACUGUUGCCGUAGGCGGUGUCCCUCAGAACAGCCCAAUGCAGGGAGUAGCUGGCACUCGUGGAGCGAGCGUGGUGCCAUGGUAUCGGUACACAGGUCUGUCUGAAGCGAUCGGUAGUCUCAUUAUGGACGAUCCCAACGAUUCCGCAAAGGCGUUCACUGCUUUUGGGUUGAACGCCAGCGACCUCAACGGGCUCCCACCACGAACCGACCAGGCUCCGUGGAACGUCAGAGAGGCAGGCAUAAACGCUCUGGAUAUGAUCCGGUUUGACAGCCCCCAGGAGCCUCGACAGUUUGCCUACGAGGCAGCCAACUGUCGGCUGUUCUACACACGGGACAUGAUCCGAGAUAUUUCGCAGGUGUGGCGCGCGGCUGUUCAAGUUGCUGGCGGUAACAACUCGCAGUGUGUGGAAGGGUCUGUGGACGCGCAAGGAUCAGGUGUCAACCAGACAGUGACAACAUCUGUUGGGUUCACUGCUGCUGACAUUUGGAAUAGUGCCAAUUCAACCAAUGUUACUCAGAGCAGUAGCAACAACAGCGACUCGUCUGGCUCGGACCACGGGGUUGGGAUGGCUGGUUUGGUGGUUCUUCUAUCGCUGAUGGUAGCUUUCAUGUCUUAG